GGCUGCAUCUAAAGGCCUUUCUGUCAGCCUGAUGGAGAGGUUGAUUCAGAAGUAUGGAGACUCCGUAGUCAGGAUGCUGACCGUGCAGUACCGAAUGAACAGUAACAUCAUGACCUGGGCCUCGGAGCAGAUGUACCAGGGCAAGCUCACCGCACACAGCUCAGUGGACAAACAUCUGCUCAAGUAACAACUGGCUCCAUGGCUGCGUUUACACAGGCAGCCCAAUUCUGAUCUUUUGCCCAAUUAUUGGCAUCUGGUCUGAUGUGGUCAAAAUAUCAAUAAUUUAGGCAAAAUAUCAGAAUUGGGCUGCCUGUGUAAACGCAGUCCAUUGAUCUCACAUAAAUUAUUAUACAUUUUAAUGAGGGUUUAGGAUCAGGGUUGGGGUCAAUUCCAUUUCAAAUCAGUGAAUUCUGUAAUUAAACUGAAAGUCCAAUUUUGACUUUCAUUCCAGACUUUCAGUUAAUUCCUGGAUUGACUGAAUGAAGUUGACUUUCGCUUUCACUUCAUAAAUUGAAAUGGAAUUGACCCCCAACCCUGUAAGGAACCCAGUUCUAACAUUGAUCUUUCCCCUGAACAGAGAUCUCCCAGGAGUAGCCAGUGUUGACGAGACCAGCACCCCUCUCCUCCUCAUAGACACAGCAGGGUGUGGGCUCAGUGAGAUGGAGGUGACCGACGAACAGUCCAAAGGAAACCAAGGUCAGCUUUCUAAAUGUUCUGAUAAGGUGUCCUAUUCCCUGUGGGUUGGUCGUUUUUAUGUAUAUGAUUCUGUUGUGAUAAUGUUUUUUUACUAUUACCAAACCAGAAUGUCCCCUAACUCAACACUAUGACAUAGUCUAAACUAAGAGGAAGCUCACUCGGGUAUCUUGUCUUCUUAAAUCGAAUAAACUAAUUGUGAUUAACUCUUAUUCUGACAAACAGGUGAGGUGGACAUUGUGGAACUGCACAUCAAAACGUUGACUGAAGCAGGGGUGAAACCCAAAGACAUCGCUGUUAUUGCCCCUUACAAUCUGCAGGUGAGUCAGGGCUGCUUUUCUGCCGUGUUGAACUUUCACCUCUGUUUUUAGUGGAGAUCAGUUGAGUUUUUUUGCAGAGCCCAGUGUGUUGUAAGAUCUGAAACGUGUUUGUGACAGAAGGUGGGUGUUCUGAUGGUCUGUGUUUUAGGUGGAUCUCCUGCGCCAGCGUCUCUCAGCGAGACAUCCUGAUCUGGAGAUCAAGUCUGUAGACGGCUUCCAGGGCAGAGAGAAGGAGGCUGUGGUGCUGACCUUGGUCAGAUCCAACAGGAAAGGUAAACUAGUGUGUGUGUGUGUGUGUGUGUGUGUAUAGUCUGCUUCAUCACCAAUGUGCUGAUGUACUAAGUUUACGUCUCUCCUUCAGGUGAGAUAGGGUUCUUAGCUGAGGACCGGAGGAUCAACGUGGCGGUGACUCGAGCCAGACGUCACCUGGCCCUAGUGUGUGACACGCAGACCGUCCAGACCCACGCCUUCCUCAAGUCCCUCGUCGAUCACAUGACCCAGCACGGAGAUGUACGCACCGCCUUUGAGUACCUGCAGGUAGGUCAAUAUCCUUUUGGGAUCAAUAACGUAUCAAUCAAUCAAGGAAUGUUUUUGUAGUCCUCUCCAUUUUAAAUGUAAUUAUUUUUGCUAUCGAUAUUGGCAAUACUAGCCAAAAAUACAGGGCCUUCAGAAAGUAUUGACUUAUUCCACAUUGUGUUACAGCCUGAAAUCAAAAUGGAUUAAAUGUAAAAAAAAAUCUCUCACAAAUCUACACACAUUACCCCCGUAAUGACAAAGUGAAAACAUCCUCCAGUAAUCUGCUGUGAGGUCAAAGGCUGUUAAUAGAACUGUCAUGCUAAUACCAGAUUAUUCACCGUAAGCAGUUUUCUAUUUACUGCUCUCGGGUGUCUUCUCCGGCAACUGAGCUAGGAAUGGCGCCUGUAUCUCUGUAGGGACUGGGUGUAUUGAUACACCAUCCAAAGUGUAAUUAAUAACUUCACCGUGCUCAAAGGGAUAUUCAAUGUCUGCUUCUUUUUUUUUUUUUUACCGUUCUACCAAUCAGUGUCCUUCUUUGCGAGGUAUUGGAAAACCUCCCUGGUCUUUGUGGUUGAAUCUGUGUUUGAAAUUCACUGUUCGACUGAGGGACCUUACAGAUAAUUGUAUGUGUGGGGUACAGAGAUGGGGUAGUCAUUCAGAAAUCAUGUUAAAGACUAUUAUUAUAGUCCAUGCAACUUAUUUGACUUGUUAAGCAUUUUUUUAAACUCGUGAACCUUUUUAGGCUUGCCAUAACAAAGGGGUUGAAUACUUAAGACAUUUCAGCUUUUCAUUUUAAAUUAAUUUGUAAAAAUGUAUAAAAACAUAAUUCCACUUUGACAUUAUGGGGUAUUGUGUGUAGGCCAGUGACAAUAAAUCUAAAUUUAAUCCAUUUAAAUUUCAGGCUGUAACUAAAUACAAUUUUGAAAAAGUGAAGGCACUGUGUGUAUAUAUACUGAACAAAAAUAUAAACGCAACAAUUUUAACGAUUUUACUGAGUUACAGUUCAUAUAAGGAAAUCAGUCAAUUGAAAUAUAUAAAUUAGGCCCUAAUCUAUGGAUUUCACAUGACUGGGCAGGGGCCCAGUCAAUCAGAAUGAGUUUUUCCCCCCCAAAAGGGCUUUAUUACAGACAGUUUCAUCAGCUGUCCGGGUGGCUGGUCUCAGAUGCUAUUGUGAGGCCGGUUGGAUGUACUGCCAAAUUCUCUAAAACGACGUUGGUUCAGAAAUGAACAUUUAAAUUCUCUGGCAACAGCUCUGGUGGACAUUCCUGCAGUCAGGAUGCCAAUAGCACGCUCCCUCAAAACAUGAGACAUCUGUGGCAUUGUGUUGUGGGACAAGACUACACAUUUUAUAGUGGGCUUUUAUUGUCACCAGCACAAGGUGCACCUGUGUAAUGGUCAUGCUAUUUAAUCAGCUUAUUGAUAUGCCACACUUGUCAGGUGGAUGGAUUAUAUUGGCAAAUGAGAAAUGCUCACAAACAGGGAUGUAAACAAAUGUGUGUAAAAAAUGUGAGAGAAAUAAGCUUUUUGUGCGUAUGGAACAUUUCUGGGAUGCUACUGUCAGGCCUACGGGCCCUGGCCCUGUGGUGGGGACCAUCUGCUACUGUCAGGCCUACGGGCCCUGGCCCUGUGGUGGGGACCAUCUGCUACUGUCAGGCCUACGGGCCCUGGCCCUGUGGUGGGGACCAUCUGCUACUGUCAGGCCUACGGGCCCUGGCCCUGUGGUGGGGACCAUCUGCUACUGUCAGGCCUACGGGCCCUGGCCCUGUGGUGGGGACCAUCUGCUACUGUCAGGCCUACGGGCCCUGGCCCUGUGGUGGGGACCAUCUGCUACUGUCAGGCCUACGGGCCCUGGCCCUGUGGUGGGGACCAUCUGCUACUGUCAGGGGGCUCCCAUGGGCUGAGUUGUAUCCUGCAAGGUGAUCACGACAGACUCAUCCACCCUUAGCUGCUCUAAGGCAAAUGUAUUUGGGGGGGGGGGGGGGUAUGGACACUGGUGCGGUGCGCACUGCAUGUCAAUUACCCUGAGUAUCUGGCACUCAGGCACUUUCCCCUGUUUUUGUCGGUCCGGCUUAUGCUGGACAGAACCAACAAUAUGUCAGUGGUGGCGUACAUCAACAGACAGGGAGAGACUCCCUGCCACCCUGCCACCCUGCCACCCUGCCUCCCUGCCUCCCUGCCUCCCUGCCUCCCUGCCACCCUGCCUCCCUGCCACCCUGCCUCCCUGCCACCCUGCCUCCCUGCCACCCUGCCUCCCUGCCUCCCUGCCACCCUGCUUCCCUGACACCCUGCCACCCUGCCUCCCUGCCACCCUGCCACCCUGCCUCCCUGCCUCCCUGCCACCCUGCCACCCUGCCUCCCUGCCUCCCUGCCUCCCUGCCACCCUGCCUCCCUGCCACCCUGCCACCCUGCCUCCCUGCCACCCUGCCUCCCUGCCUCCCUGCCACCCUGCCUCCCUGACACCCUGCCACCCUGCCUCCCUGACACCCUGCCACCCUGCCUCCCUGACACCCUGCCACCCUGCCUCCCUGCCACCCUGCCACCCUGCCUCCCUGCCUCCCUGACACCCUGCCUCCCUGACACCCUGCCACCCUGCCUCCCUGCCUCCCUGCCACCCUGCCACCCUGGGGGUUGAUGUCCCUCUCCCUCCUAACCUUGGCUCGCUCCCUAUUGCUGGGGAGCAGUGAGCACAUGCUUUUGCUUUGGGCGACGCAUGUCCCCGGUUGCCUCAACUUGGGUGCAGAUCUUUUAUCCAGAUGGGACCCUCUCUCUCUGGAGUGGAGGCUCUCCCAAGUAUGGGACAUUUUCGGCAGGGCCGACGUAGAUUUUUACGCAUCGUGAGAAAACACGCAGUCUAGUUUUCUCGAUGAGGGACCCGAGUGCCCCCUUGGAAACGGGCGCUCUGGCGCCCCAGUGGCCUCGGUCCCCUUCUUUACGCGUUUCCACCAGUGGUUCUGAUUCAGCCCAAGUUGGAGAGGGUGCGCCAUUUAAUUUUGUGGCUUCCCAUUAGCCCAGGCAGCCUUGGUUCACGGAGAUCAAUCGCCUUUUAGGCGGGGACCCGUGGAAACUCCCGUUGUGCAGGGACCUGUUGUCCCAGGCACACAGGCAGGUUUGGCAAGUGAGGCCAGAGAUUCGGAUCUCAUGGUCCUGGCCCCUGGGAGGGCCAAUCUGAUGGCUAGAGGUUUACCUCUGAAUGUUAUUGCUACCAUUCAGUCUGCAAGGGCGUCCUCCAUGAGAUGGCUGUAUGCAUAUAAGUGGCAAGCGUUUUGAGCUCUGGUGCCAAGGUAUAGGAAUUGUUCCUUUUCAGUGCUUCUUCAAGGCACUCUCUAAACAGGGUCUCUCCCACUGGAUUUUGGAGUCUAUCUCCCUGGCAUAUAGCAGCAAGGGUUACCUAGUGGUGUCUAUCUCCCUGGCAUAUAGCAGCAAGGGUUACCUAGUGGUGUCUAUCUCCCUGGCAUAUAGCAGCAAGGGUUACCUAGUGGUGUCUAUCUCCCUGGCAUAUAGCAGCAAGGGUUCCCUAGUGGAGGCUAUCUCCCUGGCAUAUAGCAGCAAGGGUUACCUAGUGGUGUCUAUCUCCCUGGCAUAUAGCAGCAAGGGUUACCUAGUGGAGGCUAUCUCCCUGGCAUAUAGCAGCAAGGGUUACCUAGUGGUGUCUAUCUCCCUGGCAUAUAGCAGCAAGGGUUACCUAGUGGUGUCUAUCUCCCUGGCAUAUAGCAGCAAGGGUUCCCUAGUGGAGGCUAUCUCCCUGGCAUAUAGCAGCAAGGGUUACCUAGUGGUGUCUAUCUCCCUGGCAUAUAGCAGCAAGGGUUACCUAGUGGAGGCUAUCUCCCUGGCAUAUAGCAGCAAGGGUUACCUAGUGGUGUCUAUCUCCCUGGCAUAUAGCAGCAAGGGUUACCUAGUGGUGUCUAUCUCCCUGGCAUAUAGCAGCAAGGGUUACCUAGUGGUGUCUAUCUCCCUGGCAUAUAGCAGCAAGGGUUACCUAGUGGUGUCAGCGCUCACUCCACCAGGGGUCUGCCGGCGUCUUGGCCGUUUGUUUAAUAGGAGAUAUUUGUGCUGCUGCGAGUUGGGCAUCACCACACACUAUUGUGAGGUUUUAUGUCUUGGAUGUCACUGCUCUCAGUGUAGCCCACAGUGUGCUUACGGUUGGGACCGGGGAAAGUCACUGGGCAGCACGCCGUGUGCGCAAUACCCAGACGGUUGCAUCUGGCGGGGUCAGGUCUGGGUGGUCUGCCACGGGCCGUUUCAUUUGGUAUCCGUUGGGGCCGGCUUGGGGCGUGAUUAUAUUUCCCCAUAGCAAGUUGUACCGAAAUUGACUGACUGAAAGGGAACGUAACAUUAUGACUAUAUAACUACUGUUCCCUGAAUGAGGGAAACUAGGUACAACACCUGUUGGGCCCCACGCCGCCCGUUCCUGGGCUCGGUGAAGAGCGGGAUUAACUUGAAGGAAUUAAUCCGAGCCUCACGCUUAUCACCUGUGGAAGGCGGGGCUUCUAGCGAGGCGCGGAUUUCAUUGGCCUUGUCAGGCGUGUAGAUCCUUCAACCGAAGUCGCAAGAGUGCAACUCUCAUAGUAUGUUGUACCUCGUUUCCCUCUGAGGGAACAGUAGUUAGUCAUAACAUUACGGUAUUGGCAAUACUAGCCUAAAAUAUAUCGAUAUUGGCAAUAAUGGUCUAAAAAUAUCGAUAUAGGCAAUACUAGCCAAAAAAAUAUUGUUAUCCAUAUGGGCAAUAUUAGCCUGAGGAAUAAGUUGGUAUAAAUCCAUCCCUACCUACAGGACAUUGUGCCCCAGAACUACACCAGAGACCAUAGAGACACCAAGGCUAACAACACUAAAGCUACUGCUAGCAGCUCUUCCUCCAAUAAGCAGAAGGGCCAGGCUGGGAGCAAAGUGGAGCCAGGACACAAGAAGACCUCUGGGGGGAACAAGUCCCAGGGAGGAGACCCCCAGACCCAGACCCAGCCCCAGACCCGGACCCAGACCCAGACCCGGACAGGUUCAGGUGUGGCGUCACUCGUACACUGUAAUAAUAUGGACAUCAAGGUUAACGGUUUGGGGAGGCUGGUUUUCCAGACACAGAUUAAGUCUAGUCCUAGACUACAAAAUCAAGCUCAAUGGAGAAUCUCAAUUGAAAAAAACUUUUUUUAUUCCAGGUUUAAUCUAACCCCUUGCUGUGGUAGUGAUACAGAAAUAUGCACGCAACUCAAAAAUGAAUCAAAACUUUGAACAUGUUCACGUUGAUUCGCAUGACACAGGUCCCAGCGCACAGAGCGGAGCCAGACGUUCCACCCCCACAGAGGAGGAGCAGAGACAGACCCAGAUGAAGUACCUGGAGAUCAAGGACCAGGUGGAGUGGUUCCUACGGGACCCAGACCAGACUGAGCUACGGUUUCCCUCGACCCUCAACUCCCACGACCGCCUGCUGGUUCACCAGGUAUAUAAUGCUUUGUUGACUGACAGUUUUUAUUAGUGUGCUUGCAUCUGCAACUUAACUUCUACCGCUACCAUUAAAAUACUUCUGGACAGCUGAAACAAGCACCGUUUUUCUUCAGGAAAAUUACCUUUUUGUAGUUGUACAUUUAUCAAUGUACAAAUUGUGGUGAGGCUUUUCAUUUUGUGUUUCUCUUCGACACCGCAGAGGAGCUGGGCCUGUGUUGUACUUUGUUUGUUACUGUGCAAAUAAAUACAACUAAAAUCUAAAACAGGUUGCAGAGGAGCUGGGCCUGAACCAUGAGAGCCAGGGAGAGGGAAAGGACAGAUGCAUCACCGUCUCCAGACUCCCAGCAGGGCCUAACCAGGCUGGGGAAGGAGAGGGGCAACAAUCCCUACAACCAGCAGCCGUCCUGGAGGGAGAGAAGAGCGUUACAGAGCCUCCUGCGGGACCUUCAUGUCAACCAGCAGCCGUCCUGGAGGGAGAGAAGAGCGUCACAGAGCCUCCUGCAGGACCUUCAUGUCAACCAGCAGCACCUGUAGAUCUGAAGACUUUACAUCUGGAACGAAUGAGACGGGAGCAGGAGAAGAGGGAGGAGAAGCAUCUAGAAGCAUCAGCCGUCCGUUCAGCAGGACAGACUCCGUCUGCUAAGAAGACCAAGGCCAAAGGUUAGUGUAAAAAAUGUUUGAUCAACAUUUGUCAAGGCUCACUCUAAUUGCCUGCUUCAUGUUUGAUCCGAUAUUUAUAUUGAUCAUUUCUCUCCCCUUAGGGAAGACCAAGAAGACCAAAGCGGGUGCCUGUGAGAUCGCUGCGGCUGCCACAGCGGACGAUGACUUCGACACCCUAAUAGAUGCUGUGUUGAAGGCAGAACGCGUCUGUAGUUUUGUCAAGUGUAAAACGUCAGUAGUUCAUCUGGGACAACUCUGUCUGUUCUGCAACAGACAGUACUGCCUCGGUCACCACAUCCCUGAGGUAAGACUCAGUACUGCCUCGGUCACCACAUCCCUGAGGUAAGACUCAGGUUGUUUCUAGAUGUAGGCAAAUCAUUUUCUGACUAUUGCUCUCACUGUAUUGUGUUCCACUGUAUAGUAUACAUUGGCGUUUUUAGCUGUCAGAGUUCAUCCGUUAACUCGAGUUCAUUUAAUCAAGAUGUCUAUAUUCUUGUAAUGUUUUUAGCAUGAAAAAUCAUAAGUCCAAUGCAGCCGUUUUGAUCUCUAUCAAAUCAUUUCUGGUUAACAAAUAAGUACCUUACUAUGAUUGUUUUUAAUUAAAAUGGCCAAAGACACAAAAAUAGCUUCUUAGCAAAAUGCAAUUUCUCAAGCAACAAUGUAACUAGGACAGUCUGUAAGUGGUCUGAGGGGGAGGGGCCUAAUGGGAGAAAACCAGCUCUUAUUGGCAGAGAACUCCUCUAUGUACUGUGUUGUAACUCCUCUGUGUUGUAACUCCUCUAUGUACUGUGUUGUAACUCCUCUAUGUACUGUGUUGUAACUCCUCUAUGUACUGUGUUGUAACUCCUCUGUGUUGUAACUCCUCUAUGUAACUGUGUUGUAAUCUCUAUGUACUGUGUUGUAACUCUCUAUGUACUGUGUUGUAACUCCUCAUUAUGUUAACUGUGUUGUAACUCAUCUAUGUACUGUGUUGUAACUCUCUAUGUACUUGUGUUUGGUUAACUCCUCUAUGUACUGUGUUGUAACUCCUCUGUGUAACUGUGUUGUAACUCCUCUAUGUACUGUGUUGUAACUCCUCUGUGUAACUGUGUUGUAACUCCUCUGUGUAACUGUGUUGUAACUCCUCUGUGUUGUAACUCCUCUAUGUACUGUGUUGUAACUCCUCUAUGUACUGUGUUGUAACUCCUCUAUGUACUGUGUUGUAACUCCUCUGUAACUGUGUUGUAACUCCUCUAUGUACUGUGUGUAACUCCUCUAUGUACUGUGUUGUAACUCCUCCAUGUAACUGUGUUGUAACUCCUCUAUGUACUGUGUUGUAACUCAUCUAUGUACUGUGUUGUAACUCCUCAUGUAACUGUGUUGUAACUCCUCUGUGUUGUAACUCCUCUAUGUACUGUGUUGUAACUCCUCUGUGUAACUGUGUUGUAACUCCUCUAUGUACUGUGUUGUAACUCCUCUAUGUAACUGUGUUGUAACUCCUCUAUGUACUGUGUUGUAACUCAUCUAUGUACUGUGUUUGUAACUCCUCUGUAACUGUGUUGUAACUCCUCUAUUGUAACUCUCUAUGUACUGUGUUGUAACUCAUCUAUGUACUGUGUUGUAACUCCUCUGUACUGUGUUGUAACUCCUCUGUGUUGUAACUCCUCUAUGUACUGUGUUGUAACUCCUCUGUGUAACUGUGUUGUAACUCCUCUGUGUUGUAACUCCUCUAUGUACUGUGUUGUAACUCAUCUAUGUACUGUGUUGUAACUCCUCUGUGUAACUGUGUUGUAACUCCUCUGUGUUGUAACUCAUCUAUGUACUGUGUUGUAACUCAUCUAUGUACUGUGUUGUAACUCCUCUGUGUAACUGUGUUGUAACUCCUCUGUGUUGUAACUCCUCUAUGUACUGUGUUGUAACUCCUCUGUGUAACUGUGUUGUAACUCCUCUUGUGUUGUAACUCCUCUAUGUACUGUGUUGUAACUCAUCUUGUGUAAUCCUGUGUUGUAACUCCUCUGUGUAACUGUGUUGUAACUCCUCUGUGUUGUAACUCCUCUAUGUACUGUGUUGUAACUCCUCCAUGUAACUGUGUUGUAACUCCUCUAUGUACUGUGUUGUAACUCCUUUAUGUACUGUGUUGUAACUCCUCUAUGUACUGUGUUGUAACUCCUCUGUGUGUUGUAACUCCUCUAUGUACUGUGUGUUCCUGUGUUGUAACUCCUCCUAUGUAACUGUGUUGUAACUCUCAUGUCUGUGUUGUAACUCCUCUAUGUACUGUGUUGUAACUCCUCUAUGUACUGUGUUGUAACUCCUCUAUGUACUGUGUUGUAACUCCUCUAUGUACUGUGUUGUAACUCCUCUAUGUACUGUGUUGUAACUCCUCUAUGUACUGUGUUGUAACUCCUCUAUGUACUGUGUUGUAACUCCUCUGUGUUGUAACUCCUCUAUGUUGUAACUCCUCUGUGUGUAACUCCUCUAUGUACUGUGUUGUAACUCCUCUAUGUACUGUGUUGUAACUCCUCUAUGUACUGUGUUGUAACUCCUCUAUGUACUGUGUUGUAACUCCUCUAGGUCCAUGGGUGUGGUGACCAAGCCAAGGCCAAUGCCAGGAUGAGGAUUAGUAAAGAAGGUGUGCUGUAUGCUGGUAGUGGACACAAGGACAGGUCUGUAGAUCCUAACAAGAAGGCCUAUCUACACCGGAAGCUGGACUCCAAACUCAAAGGCAUGGAAAAGCAGCGGAAGACCAAACCCAAAGAGAAGGAGAAUAAU